AUGGAAAAUUCAUGUAUUCAAUUAAAUGAUUUACCUGAUGAAAUUCUUAUGAUUAUUUUUAAAAAAUUGACUAAUAUGGCAGUACUUUAUUCCUUAAUAGAUGUUAAUAAACGAUUAAAUAAAAUUGUACAUGAUACUGCUUUUACGAAUCGUUUGACUUUGUACGCAUCUACAACAGAUGGUUUUAUUGUUCCAUUACCGGAUUACAUACUUGAUCGAUUUUGUUCACACAUCUUACCUAAAAUUUAUCAUAAAGUCAAAUGCCUUAAUCUUGAACCAAUUUCAAUCAAAUGUAUUCUACUUGCUACGAAUUAUCCUAAUUUAACUGGACUUGCUUUAUAUAAUGUUCAAGAUGGAAUAGUACUGGAUCUUUUGACUGGUAAGAUAUUUUAUUUUGAUUCUUCUAAUCAUAGAUAUAUUAAAGGCAUAAGUCAAUUAGAAUUAUUUGAAUAA